AAUUUCCUGGAAUUCCACCCCCCCCCCCCCCUGGACGUCGUUCAAUGUUAAAUUUAAAAUGAUUUUAAGGAAGAAUUAGAUAGUAGAAAGUUUGGUUGUCGAAAAAUUAAUCAGAUGAUGUACAAAGAAACUGAAAUAAGGUAAGCUUAAUAAAAGCGUGAAGUAUAAAUUGCCAAAAACAAUAAAUUUCCUCCAAGUAAUUUUCCCCCUGACAAAAACAAAAACAGAACGAAAAGAAAAUACACAAAAAUGGAAAAUCAAGAUGAUGCACCAAAUCAAGAAGAAAAUAGUGAAUCUUCAGCCAACAAUCAAAAUUUGCCAAUUUCCCUAGUUAGAAGAGCAAGAAGAUUAGUAUCCCAGCCAACAUUACAAGAAAAUAAUUUAGAUAAUGAGAUUAAUAACUAUCCUCAACAUUUAAAUGAUGAAAAUGACGAUGAUGAUGGAGAAUCUUCAGACAGACUUUUUGAGGAAUACAUACAAGAAGGUUCACAAUCAGGUCAAUCACAAUUAUUUGACAGUGAAUUGCCUACACAACAUUCAUAUUUAGGAAGUACAGAGAAUGUACGAGGAUUUUCAUAUUUUGAACCAUAUAAAACGUAUGAAAUACCUUUCUGUGAGCACCACAGUCUGUUAUUUCCUGGAGAAAUUCUACCUAUGAUUAUGUUAGCUGAUCGGUUUUUCUCAUUAUCAAAUAAUGAGGAAGGAGUUGUAUUUGGAUUAGUUUUUCAAAGAGAAAAUGAAGAUGAGAAACAAACUUAUGGUGUCACUUGCCAGAUAUUUGAAAAAGGUUUAGAAAGUGGACUUGUUAAAAUUAAAUGUAAAGUUCAACAAAGAUUUGUCGUUGUGAAAACAAAUAAUGAAGAUAGUAUUACGAUGAGAAAUCAUGGAUAUUAUGCAAAAGUCAAGAUUCUCCCUGAAAUUGUCCUACAAGAUCCAUAUCUUCUUGCUAUAUCCAACAGUUAUUUAAAACAUUAUCAAAAUACCAAUAAUAAAAUUCAUCUCCAGAAGUUUUUGGCUGCAUCAACGAGAUGGCCAAAAUUUGUGUAUGACGAAUAUUCAAUAGCUACAGUCACUGAUAAAAUUGAAAGAUAUUUGGCAAUGUUGAACAUAGAAGCACCAACUGAUCCAAUUCUAAAGUCAUUUUGGCUCGCAAGAAAUGUCCCAUUAAAUCACACAGACCGAUUAAAAGUAUUUCAGUCAAAUUGUGUAAAUAAGAGAUUAAUGUUAAUUGGUGAUUCGCUUAAUUAUAUGUGCUAUUUCCUGUGCAAGAGAUGCAAAAAUAAAAUUUCAAUCUAUAAUGAUAUUUUUGCAGUAUCAAAAGGUGCUGUUAAUGUAAAUUACUGUAAUCCUGCUGGUUACAUCCAUGAAACACUCACAGUAAUGAAAACGUUUGAAUCAGCUGUAAAAUUAGUAGAUAAGCCUUCAACAGAAUUCAGUUGGUUCCCUGGCUAUGCUUGGCAAAUAGCAAUUUGCUCAAAAUGUUAUACUCACGUUGGAUGGAAAUUUGCAGCAGUUAACAACAGGAAUUUAAAACCGAGGACAUUUUUUGGACUGAGCUGCAAAAGUCUUUUAGUUCAAUCACAGCAAGAUUCAGUUAAUCAAAAUGAUCAAGAAGUUAUUGAUUCAGAUAUGGAGUAAAAUUUUUAUAUAUUUAAUUUAAGCACAUUUUUGUCAUUUUUAAUCAGUUUUAUUGAAAAUAAAAACGUCUGAG